CGAGCAUCAUCAACGUAACUACCCCCUCGUGGCAGUGAACCAUUGUUGAUAAGUCCAGAUCACCCAAAGCAAUCCAGGGAGAGAACAUCGGGCGCUUUUCGAUUUAUACCAGCUUAAUUUGAGUGUGCUUGCCACCAUGCUUCUGCUAGACUACCAUAACGUGCUUAUCCACUCCCUGUUGACGGAGCGGUUCUCUGGAUCCACCCCAGUCUCAAUUGACCAGAUCGUCUCCGACUUCGAUGGCGUCACCUUUCAUCUGUCUACUCCUGAAUCCAAGACUAAAAUACUCAUCUCCAUCCAAGUCAAGUGCUUCCGAGAGCUCGUUCAAUAUGGUGCCCAACAAGUGCUGGAGAGGGAGUAUGGCCCCUAUAUCGUCGACCCGGAGCCUGGCUACGACUUCUCCGUCUUGAUUGACUUGGAGAACCUCCCCGCUGAGCAGGAAGCAAAGGAUGACCUCAUCACGCGAUUGGCGUUGAUGAAGCGAAACGCGAUGGCCGCCCCUUUCGAAAGAGCAUUCGACGAAUUCGCAAAGCUUUCGGAGGAGGCUUCGAGAUACACCACAGAAUCGGCUCCUCAGGGUGUCAAGGAAGGAGGAGAAGUUAUGGCUAUUCAUUACCGUGAAGAGGAGGCGAUUUACAUCAAGGCCAGCCAUGAUCGAGUCACAGUUAUCUUCAGCACCGUCUUCCGGGAGGAAACGGAUCGCAUCUUCGGCAAAGUCUUUUUGCAGGAGUUUGUUGACGCCAGACGUCGUGUGUUGACGCUGCAGAACGCUCCUCAAGUGCUGUUCCGCAACGAUCCACCUCUCGAGUUGGCUGGAGUGCCCGGUCUACAGAACGUCAACGACGGCACACUGAGCUAUGUCACAUUUGUUCUUUUCCCUCGCCAUUUGACACCUCAAAGACGCUAUGAAAACAUUUCCCACAUCCAGAUCUUCCGUGACUACUUCCACUACCACAUCAAAGCCUCCAAGGCAUACAUCCACACUCGGAUGCGCAAGAGGACUGCAGACUUCCUCCAAGUACUCAACCGGGCGAGACCCGAGAACGAAGAGCGGGAGAGGAAGACAGCCAGUGGCCGUACUUUCAGGGUCCAGGGGUAGGGUAGCGGGCUUCUUGUUUUCUCUGUAUAGAAUAUUGCGAUUCGGCGGAGAGGUAGUGCUGGAGAGAAUGCACACAUGCAUAGGUCGAAGUUGUUUGCUUCUCGGUUGUAUAGCUUUACUCGUAUCACAUGCUCAUUUUCUUUCCCUUCCUUGCCUUUGUUUGUCUUUGUUUGAGCUCUACUGUUGACAGGCGCAUGGGCCUAGGAGUAGUCUCAUUGGCAAUUGAUCAGCCACAGUGCAGAGUACCCUUGCUUCUGAGCGUGCGUGAGAUGGACCGUGACACGCAGGGGGUGGGG